AUCCGCGGAGCGGCAUGUUUUGUCUCACACACACUCUCCACUAGCCCAUCCAUCUAUACCUUUGAUGAUUAUCUUAGCACUACGAUGCUCUAUCGAACGGCCGCUAACUACUUCCUGCUCGAAAGUCAUCGACCAUCACCAUCUCCGCUCAAACUGACAAUUUUGCAAAUUGCUUGGGUGUUGCCAUACUUAAUGCUUGCAAACUAUUUGGAACGUUCUCUGCUACCCUUGCGUCUUGUAUGCUAUACACAAAAUGACCUUCUCUCUUCACUUCCGUUGCGGAAUGAUAUCACUGAAUGCGUUCGGCAUUACUUUGGGAGACGUUCGCCUGACGCGCAUUGUACCUUUUCAAGCACACCAAAGGUGGUUUUGAGGCCGUCGUUACCAGAACAGCUAGAACGAAUUCUUUUUAUUAGAACUGGACCAAAAUCGCUGGAUUACCGCAACUUUAUACGGGAAACAUGGAAACCGCAGGUUGAUCCAAUAGCAAAAGUCAUCUUUGUCUGUGCAAAAGGCGGUAAUGUAAAAGCAGAGGCUGAUAAGUACAAAGAUAUCCUGCAGUUUGACUUUGCCGACUCUUACUACAACCUGUCCCUAAAAAUGAUGGCAAUUUAUGGAUUUGUAUUAUCAGAAAUGCCAUCUGUUAGAGACAUCAUUGUUACCAACGACGACACUAUAGUAAACGCAACCGCGCUGGCUCAGCUUGUUCCCAGCAAAAGAGACGGACCUUGGAUGUUAGGUAAAGUGUCGAGAGGAUAUCCGCGGCUAUUUAUGCCUUGGUUACCCUGGCACGUUCCUGGACAAAUGUAUCCAAACCUUUGUUAUCCUCGCUUUACUCAGGGCUCCUCAUAUAUUGUCUCAAGGACAGGAGCUCAACAACUCCUUCACAAUAUUUGCAAAACGCCCUUCGUACACCUUGACGACAUCCUAAUGGGAGUGAUAGCAUCAUGCUCUCAUCUUCCACUGCUGCACCAUAACGGCUUUGACAAGCACAUACUAGAAGACUUUGUCGUGUACCACUAUCAAUACUCUCGCCAUUCACCUACAUAUCUGCGUCAAUUAUGGAGUACACUUUAACAUCUACUGAGCGAUAGAGACAAACAGUAAAGCCAGCUGAGAUGAUUUGGCCAGUAAAAGAAUAAAACACUCAUUACUGACACUCAGGUAUUCAGAUUGUGCAGAACCAAAGUGUAUGGAAUAUGAUACCUAUUAGACUGA